CGCCAACUUCCAGACUAAACUCAGCUGCACAGGACCGGGGCACACAUUCACAGUGGACUCAGGCAUAUUAUAAACUCACACACCCCCUUAAAUAACAGCCAACGUGACACAAUGCGCUCCAAGAGACAGCAGGCGUCUCCCCCCUCCACCAGAAUGAGCCUUCGCAGUUACAGAAGUGCUGCUGUGGUCCCAAUGGAAACCUCCUCCUCCUCUUCCUCCGAUGACAGCUGUGACAGUUUUGGAUCUGAUGGUUUUGGAAACUCGAAGCGACCACUGAGACAGACGAGACGAUCGGCUCCGACAGAGAAAGUGUUUAACGUUUUACCUGUAACUGAGGAAGAGGAUGCGUGCAGCGGUUUUGAGAACGAUCUGAACGACGACAUGACUGAAAUGAAAAUGGAAUCUGAUUCUGAAGCCUGUUCACCUCCCAGGAAAACUCGCAAAUCAUUCACGCUCAGAGUAGCCAUGAAGUUCCCGAACAAACGGGCCAGUCCAUCAAAACCAGUGUCGCCUGAGUCCAAGUCUAAACCCAAACCCAAAUCUAAACCUGACCCUAAACCUGAAACCAAAGACCCCGAAUCUGACUCUGAGGCUGAUAACUUCAUGCUGAAGAGAGCGCUGAACAUCAAAGAGAACAAAGCUAUGCUUGCUAAACUAAUGGCUGAGCUGGAUAAAGUUCCUGGACUCAUUCCCAGGAAGGCUGCUUUAUCACCGGGCAAUACGCCUCGUCGUGUUCCACGUCGCUCUUUGGACCCCAGUGCUGCUCGCCGGAGAAAUCCAGAGCGGACGACACGUCCUCACACUCGUUCACGCUCACUGGUGGACGGACCACCCUCCCCACCUCCAGAGGAUGAACAUGAGGACAAAUACAGCCUGGUCCGCAGAAACAGAGAUGACGAUGAUGAAGAGGAGAAGGAGCCACGUCGGCGCAGUUAUAACAGCACUCUGACGAUUCCUCAUGUCGUGAGGCCUGUGGAGGAAAUCACCGAUGCUGAACUGGACAACAUCUGUGUCAACGUCAGAGAGAAGAUUUACAACCGGGCCACUGGUUCCACCUGCCAUCAGUGUCGACAAAAAACAACCGACACCAAGACCAACUGCCGCAACCCAGAAUGCGUGGGUGUUCGUGGACAGUUCUGCGGGCCUUGUCUCAAGAACCGUUACGGAGAGGAGGUCCGUGAUGCCCUCCUGAACCCGGAGUGGCUUUGCCCCCCGUGCCGGGGCAUCUGUAACUGCAGUUUCUGCCGUGCCAGAGAGGGUCGCUGUGCUACAGGUGUGCUCGUGUACCUGGCCAAGUACCACGGCUAUGACAAUGUCCACGCUUAUCUGAAAAGUUUAAAGAAGGAACUGGAGGAGAGUGAAUAAACUGGCUGCCAUAUUCUUCUCAAGUCCAAUUAUAACUGACAUCACCCUCAAGUGUCUUAAUCGUUGAGCUUCCUUAAACCUGCUGCAGGUUCAGAUUGAGUAGACAGUUAUGAGUUGUCUACAUGAAAUUAAGUUUGCAUUGUUUUAAAUGUAUAAUUGUUUUUUUUUUUGUUUUUUGUUUUUUUUUUUUCCCAAAGGGGGUGUUUUUAUCUCUGUACUGUACUGGUAACUUUGAGAACUGUUGGCUGCAAUACUUGUUCUCUUUACUGUUUUUUUACCAUGAAUUUUCCUAUCUGUAUGUUCUUUAGACGCUGUUAUAACUGCGCGAGUACUGCUGUAGUACUUAAAUAAAAAUUUGUGCUUUUUAA